CUGCAAAUCAGCUGACACUUUCAGAAACAGAAAUGACAGAACGUCGUUCACGUUCACAACAUAAAUUAUUAUGAUGUGGCUCACUUUUUAAUUUCAUUUGCGGAAGUAUUUCGUCUUUCUUUUAUUCAAUUUAGAAUCAAGUGUCCACUUAUCAAUGAAAGUGCUUGAAUACCUAUUUAUACUUUGUUUCACAGUGACAAUUUCGCCAAAUUAGGCAAAGUUUAGCACCGGUGAGUUGCCAAUCUUGACGAUAGAGUAUCUGAAAAUUUUUAGCUGCAGUUUGAUUUAUAAAUGUGUAAAUUGAGUGAGAAUUAUUUGUUAAAUUGACAAAUAUAUUAUCUAGUAUUUCAAUAGCAGUUGAUUUAAACACUGCGAUAGCACGCAAAAAAGAAGUGUCUUGCAAAACAUAACCUUACACGGUAUAAAUUUAGUUCGUGUGAACGGUCAUGGCGUAUUUUCGAUAAAGUUUUCGUGAUUUGUGCUGUUGCUCAACUAGACCUGAGAAAUUACUUUGCAGUGAUGGGGAUUGGCCUACAGGACCUAAGCGCAGUUAAUUUUGUGCAACGAAUGACUUGUAGUAGGAGUGUUCCACGUCUGCCGCUACAUUACUAUCUUGAAGGCCAUGACUUUUCUUGAGCUGCAAACCUGUUUGUCGUCUGCAGCUGUUGUGUCAAAUCAAAACGCGGCCUCACAGUCGUCAGUCGGCAGUCUCACAACAGCUUUCACACUUGGUGCAGCUUUCUUCAACACUCGCCUAACAGCUGUUGGUUGGAGUCAGAAGAAAUCAGUUAGUUUUGUUUUUCAACGAUGUCAGACAUCAACGAAAUUAAAUCUCUGCUUUUAAAACACGAUCAGGCGCAUAUCCUGCGUUUUUGGGAUAGACUCAGUGAUCAUGAACGCGAGGAGCUGUGUCAAGAUGUUAGGGAAACAAACAUACCCGAAGUGUGUUCGUAUUUUAAACGUGCCAGCGACUCCAUGACUGACAGUCAGGAAAAAUUGGACGACAGAUUAAAGCCGAUACCUUCUCAUCUAUAUGGAGCUGUUUCAAGGACUUCUCCGGAACUUCUGGACUUGUACGAGCAAGAAGGUCUUGUCCAGAUCUCGGAAGGACGCGUCGGAGUUCUUCUCAUGGCUGGUGGACAAGGUACACGUCUAGGCUCAUCCAACCCCAAAGGUAUGUACGAUGUCGGUCUUCCGUCCCACAAAUCUCUUUAUCAAAUACAAGCUGAACGCAUCCGUCGACUCACUCGUCUAGCCAAAGAUACUACAGGCAAAGAGGGCCGCAUCACUUGGAUCAUUAUGACCAGUGAACACACUAUGGAGCCCACUCUCAACUUUUUUCAAAAACACAAGUACUUUGGACUGGACAAGAACGACGUGAUUUUAUUCGAGCAAGGUCUUUUGCCUUGUUUCACUUUUGAUGGUAAAAUUAUACUUGAUAAGCAGCACAAAAUCUCCAGGGCUCCCGAUGGAAAUGGAGGACUAUACCGGGCUCUCCGCGAUAGGAAAAUCAUGGACGAGAUUGAAAACCGGGGCAUCCAGUAUUUGCAUGCACAUAGUGUCGAUAACAUCCUAGUAAAAGUAGCCGAUCCUGUUUUUAUUGGUUAUUGCGUUAAGAAGGGCGCCGAUUGCGCUGCUAAAGUUGUACAAAAAUCGUCCCCAACUGAAGCAUUAGGUGUAGUUUGCAAUGUAGACGGCAAAUUCCAGGUGGUUGAGUACAGCGAAAUCACUCUAAAAACAGCCGAAAUGCGUAACAACGACGGAAGUCUGACUUUCAAAGCCGGCAACAUUUGUAAUCACUUUUUCACAGCCGAUUUUCUUAAAAAGAUAGCUAACAAACACGAGAAAGAACUUAAACUACAUGUUGCCAAAAAGAAGAUCCCCUACGUAGAUUCAGACGGUAACCUCUGUAUCCCCGAAAAACCCAACGGUAUUAAGAUGGAGAAAUUUGUUUUCGAUGUGUUCCCCUUCAGUAGCAAUCUUGUAGUGUGGGAAGUUAAUCGGGAAGAUGAGUUUAGUGCUCUGAAAAACGCCGACUCGGCCGGUAAAGAUUGCCCGUCGACCGCUAGAAAUGAUAUUUACUCGCUUCAUGAAAGAUUCAUUAGAGAAGCGGGAGGUGAUUUUAGUUGUAAUGAGUCUAUUGUUUGCGAAAUAUCGCCUCUGGCGUCCUACGCCGGAGAAGGCUUAGAGAAAGUGGUUGGAGGUCAGGUUUACAAGUCGCCGCUGCAUUUGAAGUCGGAAGAUGAAAACUGUAUCACAAAUGGUAACUCACACUGAUUAGUCUCGCAUCCCUACUCUAGAUAGGCCCAAAUUUGAAGAUUUAAGCACCAAAUUACAUAACUGUUGAAAAUAUGUAGAAAAAGCAAUAAUUAAUCACAUUAAAUUGAUACAAAAUUAAUUUUGUUGUAAAUUGAGGAAAUUGAAAGAAGUCGGUUCAUGAAAGAAACUGAGUUUACUACUUUAAAACGGUUUUGAAGAAUGAUUGUUCAAAUUUCUAUACAAAAGCUUGUUUAAUGUUUCAAUUUGUAUCUUAAUUUUAUAUUUAAAUAUUUGAAAAAAUAUUUUACUGAAAUAUAUGUAGGUUUUAUUAUAUGUUUUAUUCUUGUUACAUAGAAUUGAUAAAACAUCUAAAUUCCAGGAAAUUGUAUUUGUAAAUUGAGAUUAUCAUAUUGAUAAUAUAAUUUCUUUAUUAAAUUUUAUUAAACAAGUAGUAUUUGUUGAAAAUACAAUGGUAUAUGGGUCUAUUCCACAUUGUCAUUUUUUUAAUUAACAGAAAUGGAAUUCAAUCACUGCCGAUAAAAAUGUUUUUACUGAGUUAUCUGAUAAAAUAGAUGCAUUUUUAACAAAAUUAAAGAUUUUUUUAUUGUGGUAGCCUAUAUUAUUAAUUUUUUAAGCUGCUAUUUAUUAAAUGUUAUCUUUUAGACUAUAUUUUAUGUAUUAUUUAAGACCACUACUGAUUAUGAAUAUUGUUCUUACUUUCUUAAGAAAUGUUUUCAAAUCAAAACUUUUUCAAAUUCUUUGUAGUCCAAACAUCAUUUUGAGAUUUUCCUUUGUUACUGGUAUUAUUGAAAAACAUCAUUCAUUGUUAUUGAUUAGUAUAAUUAUAUAUUUUUUAUGCAUUCGAUUAUAAUCUUUACACUGUUUUAAAUUGAGAACAUUUGAAAAAUGUAUUAAAGUUGGUAAAUUUGUUAUCAAUAUUCCAAUUAUUUUCAAUCAACUUUGAAAAUACUCAAUAUUUUCCUGUACCUAAAUUUUGUUUGAAAUAAAUAUUUUCAAAUAUUCACGUUUCUUCACUAAUUGACUUGAUUAAAAUUAAUAGGACUAUACAAUAAUAUUUUUUCUUGAUUCUUGACUUUACAAUAAUAAUUAUAUUCAAUUCAUUUGGUUUUAGAAGUACUAUGCUGAGGACAGGUCUUUAGGACUUGGUCCUAAGUCUCAACUUGUGUACUAGAAUUCAAAAUUAAAUUGUAAUUGUUUCUUGACAUAAAUUUUCUAAAUUAGUGAUUUCUAUCCUAUCAAAGGCAAUAAUUUAUGAAUAGAUGAAUCCACAGAAUACAGACAGAUGGAUCAAUUCCAUAUUUAGUUGAUAUUUGAGAGGAGGCCUAUCUAGUUUUAUCAGUUUGAUCAUGAACUCUUUUAAGUAUUAAUUUUUAAGACUGUAUACCCAUUAUAAAUCAUACCUCAAUCUUUCUUGCUCUUUAGUUUAUGUUCUGAUGUGCAUUACAGAUACAUUUUUUGCAAUUGAAUAAAAAUUACUGCAGAGUAGAGUAGAUAAAUAUUAUAGAAACCUAGUUUCAUACGAUAUUAUUGAUAGCAAUUCUAAGUAAAAUACAUUUUUAAUUCGUCAUUCAAUUCGAUUUUUAUGCAGAACAAUUU